AUGCUUCGAAGCUCCCUCUCCCACGCUGUUUCGCGUUCUCGAAGCACCUCAUCACUUGCUACGUUAUUAUCUCUGGCUCCAGAAAGACAGGUUUUCGAACACAUUGCUCAAAAUGCUACAAAAAUGCUCCAGCCACCUCUAGUGGAGCAGUACUUGUUCAGGCUCCUCACACAAAACAACCUUAAUGCUGCAACUUCACUUGUUCAUAUAUUGUAUAAUGCGAACGCUAAGCAUUAUCGUCUUUCCAAUCAGUUCUGGUCCCUUCUAGCCUCAAGUGCCGCAACUCAAGCACAUCAUGCUGCAGCGUCCCUAGUGUUCCAUGAAGUUGUGAUGCCACACACGGCUAUCAACGAAAAAAAUGGCUUUGAAAACCCUGACGUGCCAUUUCUUUUGCUUCCUACAGCUCUUGAACAAUUGGCACUAGUGUUUGUCCACGCUGGCAAUGCUGAAGCAGUAGAGGGACUUCGGCACUAUUUCCGGCGUUUCUACUCGAAUUUGGGCCACCGCGAUGUCUAUGAAACUCUCAAUGUGGCCUCUGUCGAAUCUUUGGCGAAAACAGGCGACAUGGAAGGAGCUUUGGAAAAGUACGUUGAACUAGCUUUCAAAUACCGGGGCCACAGCAGUUACAAGGACCCAAAGGACGCCAUUCAUCUGCUCAAAUACGCCAGUCACCGCAAUUACAAACAGCGGCAGGAAAACAUCCAGAAAAACCUUCGUUCGCAAAAGAAUCAGAAGUAUCAAGACGGUUUCCUCUUCGACCCAAAUAUCGUCUACAACAAGUACACUAUACCCGGCGGAAACUACUGGUCUAUUCUAGAUGGUUCACUCCGCGUAGCGGACUUGCCCUACUUCCAUGCCCUUCUCCGAUCGCAUAUCCGCAAGUUGAUCCAAGAAAAGCACUCCGUUGUAGAUCGGCUUUUAUCUUUCAUCUCAUGUCAUCAUCACUCAUUGCAUCGCUUCGUGGUGGCAAUUCUCUGUGACCUAGAUUGCGUAGAACAUGCAUGGGCUGUCAUGUCAAAGACACCAGACUUGUUUCCUAAGCUUGACGCAUACGUGGUGUAUGCGGGUAUGGAUGACUUUAAUUAUUUGUUCCGUGCGUUGAAACAACGCCUUGAGAUGCUGCCUCUGAAAGAUGCCUUAGAAAUUUUAGCUCGGAGUCAUGCGUUGGUACAACAAGUCGCUGGAGACAGGCCAUUUCCAUAUUCUGUUAGACUGUCAUAUUUGUCUGCCCUUCUUGCUUCCUCGCUGACAGGUAAACAUGACGUCGAACGAACAAUAGCUACUUGGUCGAAAGAUACGUUUCCCAAAGUACUUUUGGAUGACCAUUCGUACAAGCGUCUACAAAACUUGGACAUCGAAGCGAAAAACUUCUGUGUUGUUCUAUAA